AUGGGCGCUGAUGUGAUCAAUGCCUACAAGAGCAUCCAAUUCUUGAUCGACCUCCAGAUGCCUCGCUUUGGUAGUUCUGCGGAGAAGAUGAAGGUCAUCAAUGACGUAGCAGUGCGUUGCCGCAUUAGCAUGCGGACACGACCCUCACUGAUUGAAGGCUCCAUCAGUAAGGCUCGAAUUUUGAUCACUGGCGCUGUGGGAGAUGCCGAAGCGCUUUCGGUGUGCGAAGUGGUUGAGGAGAUGAUUCAACAAAAGCUGCAGGUCCUGUGCUCCGUGAUCCGCACAGAAGAGGAGGCCCGUAGCAGUAUUCCCUAUGCAUCCUAUGUGGUGGUGGUGCUCUCACGGGGCUUGCUACGAGAACCACACUUUGCCAUGAUUAUGCUGGAGAGCUAUCUGCAAUUUAAGGGCUGGGGCGGUUCAACCCCAGGUGGAAGUCGCUCAAGGAGUAUGACCUUGCGCGGGAGUGACCGGGGCACCGAGUUCGUGACGGUGACAGCGGACACUCGCUUCGAGUUUCCCAGCAUGGAUUUCUAUCACGAGAUAGCCACAUCUGGUCUUGGCAUGGGUGAGGAGGUUGGGCGCAAGUUGGAAAAGAUCUACCGUUCUUUACUGCAGAUGCUCGCUUUGCCUUUGACCCCGCAUGGUUCGAAAGGACUCAUCGAGAAGCAGAUCCAUGAGAUUUGCGCAAAGUUUCCGCGCUACAAAGAUGGCAUGAAGGGCUUGGAGAUGGAUGAGAGGGCUGACCUGUUGGUGGAUGCUGCAGAAGCUGCAGAUGGGAAUGCAUCGGAUGUUUCGGCUUCGAUGGAUUUUGGGUUUGCUCGAAUCAUCUCUGGUGGUUAUCAAAGUGGUCAAGGCAGUGCAGGGUACUUGGGGCAUAUCUUGGAAGGCUCCGACUCCAUUGUGUCAGUUGAGAAUGAGCAUGCCGCUUGGGUCUCUGUGAAAGAGGAUGAGAGUCAGGAGGGCGAAUGCGAGCAAGAGAUCUCGCAGUAUUUCUGA